UCGUCUUGUUCUUCAUCAUAGAAGAAGUGGAAGUCAAACUGCUCAGCAGAAGUGGGUCCUUACCAAAGAUGGACGUAUUCAAUUAAGAGAUAAAAAUUUCGUGCUUGAAGUUAAAGACAAACAUGUUAUUCUUUGUGACGCUGGAAAAACCUUCAAGAAUCCCCUGGCUUCACAAUUUCAUAUAAUGCCACUCCAUCCUGUGAAGAAAGGUGGUGCCGCUAUUGGGGUUGUUAGACUAGAAUUGAUUGGCGCUAAAGGCUUAAAAGGUGUUGAUUCUUUCUUGGCUGGUGGAAAAUCUGACCCUUAUGUUCGAGUAUUCCACGCUGGUAAUAACAAAGACAUUAUCGCUCAAACUAAAGUCAUAGACAAUGACUUGAAUCCAGUGUGGAAUGAAGUUCACUAUCUACCAGUUAGAUAUAUUGGUGAAAAGCUCAUUUUGGAUGUGAUGGAUUUUAACACUUUUAUAAAAGAUAAACCGCUUGGAAAUUGCCAUUUAGAAAUUACUCAUGAGCUUGUUAAAGAAGUUUCAGAAGGUGUUUAUGAAGGAAGUGCAAAUGGUAUUGACGUUACGGCAAAGCUUACCAUUCAAGGUCAUAUUCAUUACAAAGUGAAAUUCUUCCCAUUGGAGCCUCUUCCAAAACCUUCUCCCGAUUUUCUUGCCAAACUUAAAGAGAAACCUUUUGGUCGUUCAGCAUUUUAUGUUCUUAUCACAUUACAAGCUCCAAAUGGUGGUUUCCCUCCUUCUGAUACAUUAGCCAAUCUAUUUG